AUGUACGUACUGACCCCUAGAUGUAGUGCUGUACCCUUACAUCGUGGAGGUAACCGCGAGUGCGCCAUGAUAACUCUAGGAUGCGGCUCCACUGCGUGCAACUCUCCCGCAUGGUUUAGGUCUCGGGCCUGGUUCCGCGAGGUGCGCUACAGGUCUAUAAUUGGCGAACUAUGCCGGGGUAGGAAUCGGGUUGAGAGAGAACCGAGUCGUCAAAAACUGCCAGCCCGGCAUUCUGAUUCAAGAAUCCCGGGAGCGGGGAAGUUGCAACGGCUGGGGGAGUGCAACCAAGGAUCCCGGACCGGCUUAGACUCUUGGUCAUUUCUGCCGAUGGGUGAGUUAGGUCUCAAGACCCAAGAGGAGGCUCCUGAGCGGCCCCAGCUCAUGGGACGUGAGCUAGGACUACAAUUUGACGAGCACCUUAUUGGUGGUCGUAACUACCAGGGAUAG